CUUUUGUUUCAUUCGAUUGAGUUGUCAAAUAGGUGAGUGCUAAUAAUUAUUGGUUAGUGGAUUUUUUAAUGAAUUCUUUAUAUUUGUAGCUUUUAAUACAAGAUAUCCUCUUGAAAAUCAUUUGCUGUUGAAAUGGCUUCACGUCGCGUUGCACAGACUUCCAUAAAUUGGGCCUCUCUAGCUGAGCGUGUGCCUGCUAACCAAAAGCCCAAUUUUGCUGCAUUCAAAACCAAGUCGGACGCUUACUUGCGCAGCGUUUUGGCCAACCCAGAAAAUCCACCACAAAUCAACUGGGCUCACUACAAGCAAUUGAUUCCAGUUGCUGGUAUGGUCGACUCGUUCCAAAAACAAUACGAAUCGUUGAAAGUGCCCUACCCAGCUGAUAAUGUGAGCUCAGAAGUUGAUGCUCAAAUCAAGGAAACCAAGAGUGAAAUUGAUAAUUUCAAGAAGAGCUCACAGGCACGCAUUGUUGAGUACCAAAAAAGUAUUGAUCACCUCAAACAAUUGCUGCCAUACGACCAAAUGACCAUGGAAGAUUACCGUGACUCGUUCCCUGACCAAGCUUUAGAUCCUAUUAAUCGCCCAACAUUCUGGCCCCAUGAUGCUGAGGAACAAAGAGACAACAAAGACCGUGCACAUGCUGAGCAUUGAGUUUCGAGUAGUUGUCUAAGCCAAAAAGCGUCUAGAAUGGUGAUUUAAACGAAUCGUUGUAACUUGCAAAUAUAACCAUUUACAUGUAAUGAAUCUAUA